AUGCACCGUACAUAUUCUAUGCGCGCCACGAGGGCGCCGACCGCCUCGCAGAUCCAGAACCCACCUCCUCCUCAAUCCACCACCAAAUCCGGCCGGUUCUUCCGCGGCGGCAUCGGACAUGCCCUCCGACGCAAUGCCGCCGGUGCCUUCGGCCCUGACCUGGCUAAGAAGCUGUCGCAGCUCGUUAAGAUGGAGAAGAAUGUGAUGCGCAGCCUGGAACUAGUUGCCAGGGAGCGCAUGGAGGUUGCUCAACAACUAUCAAUCUGGGGCGAAGGCUGCGACGAAGACGUGUCGGAUGUCACGGAUAAGCUCGGAGUGUUGCUUUACGAGAUAGGGGAAUUGGAAGAUCAGUACGUCGACCGAUACGACCAGUACCGCGUCACCAUGAAGAGCAUUAGGAACAUCGAGGCCUCGGUCCAGCCUAGCAGAGACAGGAAGCAGAAGAUUACGGAUCAGAUCGCCCAGCUCAAGUACAAAGAGCCAAACUCGCCCAAGAUUGUUGUUCUCGAACAAGAACUCGUCCGGGCCGAAGCUGAAUCGCUUGUCGCCGAAGCACAGCUGUCCAACAUCACGCGUGAGAAGGUCAAGGCCGCCUACACGUACCAAUUCGAUGCGCUACGCGAGCAUUGCGAGAAGGUAGCCAUCAUUGCUGGCUAUGGCAAGCACCUACUGGAGCUCAUCGAUGACACCCCUGUCACCCCCGGCGAGACGCGCGCGGCGUACGACGGGUAUGAGGCCAGCAAGGCCAUCAUACAGGAUUGCGAGGAUUCGCUCACCAACUGGGUUACCCAGAAUGCAGCCGUGUCGUCCAAGCUUUCCACCCGCGCCCGCAAGCUAUCCCAGCGUCGCCGAAAUAAUAUCAAGCAUCGUGGCGAGCAAGGGCACGAUCUCUCUGGCCAGGACGCACCUCUGAACGACCAGGACUCGUGGCUUCCGGCCGGCCAGCAUAAGGAGGAGGGGUAUGACGACGUUGAGCAAGAUGAGGAGGAGGAUGAGGAUGACAUUGAUGAGCCAAGACACUCGAUUCUGCACAACGGCGAUGGGCUUAGCGGCGAGGACAGAGGACGUCCCCAAGAUUCUAUCAUUGCCUAG